CGUGCAUGAAUCAAGUUUGGGGAAAUUACAAAUUUAAAGAAAUAAUAAAAGUUUUUGUAUAAAUAAAUAUUGACUGUGCUUAAUAUGGCGAAAGUCUCUCAUGUUAAGUCUAAUAAAAGUAAAGAUAUGCGGGGUGUUCACAUAUUUUUUUUUUUUUGGAGCGAUCUACAAAAAAAAACAUAUAAUUGGGCCUGUUCUAAAAGAAUACAAAAGAAAUGUCGUUCGCGUCUUGUUACAACACUUAUUGAAAAUGUGCAUACGAUUACGAAGUAUUCAAAGAAUCACUCCCAUGAACCGUUUCCAGAUGAGGUAAAUGUCGUAAAAGCUAAUAAUUUGGUGAACAAGUUGGCGAAAUCAAGCUUGCUGACUACUAGCCAAAUAAUCCAGAAAUCUGUUGUUGAGACCGUUUCCGUAAGCCGUGACUAUUUACCCACAAAAAGUGUUCAAAAGCAAAAAAUUAACAGGAUAAAAAAAGCGAAAGUAGGACUUCGUGAACCAAAUUCGAUAGAAGAAAUAGAUAUUCCAUUAAGUUUGUAUGUUUUGGAAAAUGAAAUUUUUAUUUUGUCAGAAAAAUAUUUCCACAAUGAAUGUAUGAUUAUAUGUGGAACUAAAUCAUCAUUGCAAUUGCUUGAUGAAAGCGACUGUUGGAUCAUGGAUGGCACUUUCGAUGUGGUGCCUACAUUUAUGCGACAACUCUUUUCCAUACAUGGUCGGGUUGAAGGGCAAAUAAUACCUCUCGUAUUCUGCAUUAUGAGCAGAAAAUCACUUACCAGCUAUGAAACGUUUUUCAUUGAGCUCAUUGAAUUUGCUCGAGGAUAUGGCAUACAAUUAAAUCCAAAACGAAUCCUUAGUGACUUUGAGAUAGGUAUUAUAUCGGCUGCCAAAAAAUAUUUUCCCGAUACGAGAUUGCAAGGAUGCUUCUUUCAUUUUAGUCAAAUAAUUUGGCGUAAAAUACAAAAAGAAAGAUUGGUUCAGAAAUAUGGAAAUGAUUCAUAGUUUUCCUUACAUAUUAGAAUGUUAAAAGCUCUGGCUUUUUUGCCUCACGACGAAGUCUCUGAGUAGAUACUAUAAUCAAUUUUAUAGUACUCUUGAAGACGAAGAUACAAAACAGUUUUGCUCGUGGUUUGAAAGAAAUUACAUAGCUCGAGACAACUCCCAGCCAAAAUACCCGCCAAAAUUUUGGUCAGUGCACGAUGAGUCCAAUAUCGCUUUCCCCAGAACGCAAAACAGUAUUGAGGCUUGGCAUCGUCGGCUAAAAGUUAUUGUUGGGAAACGAAACUCAGGGUUGAACAAACUAAUUAAUGAUCUAAAAUUCAAAAUGGUCACAAAAUUAGUCAAACGAAGAAGGCUGUAAAAGCAAACAACAGAAUUAAAAGAAUAACAAAAAAAGGCUUAUAUUAAGGCAUGUUUCUUUUCUAAAGCGAAUUGCUAGAAAUUUAAUAAUAU